UUCUUCCCUGUUCCUUCAAAACGAUGGCAUACGAUAUGCUCCAUGAUAUUACCAAAGAAAAGGAUUCUUGGAAAGUCAAGGUCAGAAUAAUGAGGCUAUGGGAUGCCAUUAACCUCAACAACAAUGAACUUAUUAGCCUUGACAUGAUACUACUUGAUGAAGAGGGCACUAUGAUACAUGGCAAGGUAAUGAAACAUAUGGUUAACAAGUUCAAACCAUUGAUCCAAGAAGGUUCAGUCUACAUGAUUGCAAAUUUUAAGGUUACAUCUGCAAUGAAUUUCCGUUCAGCUGAAAGUGAAAAGAUUUUAAAUUUCUUGCACAGAACAAAAAUUCAAGAGAUAAAAGGUCCAAAAAAUAUUAGAAUAGAAGAAGAAAGCUUCACAUUUUGUAGUAUUGAAGUUCUUUCCGCAAGAGACGACGAGAAGAUUUACUUAUCUGAUGUCAUCGGCAUAGCAAGUUACAUAGGGCAUAUUGAAGAAACACAGACGACCCAUGGGAUUUCAAAGAUUCGAGAUAUUGUGCUUCGAAUUGAGGAUCAAAACAUUAACAUUAGACUAUGGGGUAAUAAGGUUGGACAAAUUGAUGAAGAUUCUUUGGGCCAUGUUGUCAUAGUAAUAUCAACUACUGUCAGAAAACUGAAAGGUUUGUAUUUGAAUUAA